AUGACAGAGGUUAAGCGCCUAGCGCCUUUGGAUGGGAUUUUCAAGCAAGGGGAAGAUGAGCAGGCUAAGUUUUUGAUUUUUCGAUCGAACAUGGUAGCUAUGUUUGCGCAGGAAGGAGGGCGUGACGUGGAACUGACUGAAGAAAAGAUUCCAGUCGGAAAAGAAGGAGUGAGCAUGGAGGAGCUGCCUAGGGUGCAUUCGAGUGACAGCGUAGAAAAGACAAUUACGUCGUGGAACCUGCUGAUCACGUCUGUAACAUACAUGCCUAUCCUCACCCAGAUCAUCGCUGAUGGUAGUCCAAGUGGAGGUUGGAAAAUAUUCCUCAACUAUUACGAGCCGCGUGCCAGAGCCGAGAAAGAAAGGUUGUCAUCCCAAUACCACGGUCUUGAGAUGAAAGUAGGAGAGACCCCCCAAGAUUACUUCGGGAGAUUUGCUGUUUUGCGCAGUAGGCUAGCCCCGCACGGUGUUAUUUUCUCCGACGAAGAUGCCAAUGCCCACAUGGUAUACCACCUUUCCGACGAGUACAUGAUGGAGAAGAUUCUGACUAUGUCACCGAUUCCCCGCUCGCGCGAGAAAAUCGAAAAGGGUGUACGAGAUGCCCAUGCGGAAUUGCUUCGCCGUCGGGAGGAGGAACCAAAGAAUGGCGCGGGCACGCACGCUUCUGGUGACAUCCGGGGCGAUGGACGUGUCCAAAAUGGGUCGAGUGGAAACGGCGGGGGACAGGACGGAGACGGAGGCGCCCGGAGUCGGAGCAGGAGCAGAGGGAGAGGAAACAAGAAAGCAGGAGAGAGCGGAGCCGACAGCGACCACUGCUACCUACAUCCGCACUUGUCCCACACCAACGCCCAGUGCCGCACUCAACGCGACCGUCAGAAGAAACAGNAA